GAUCUCGCUCACUUUGCUGCGGACACUUGAGUCGUGCAACAGUCUGAAAACUACUUUGGUGCUACAUGAUUUCUUUUUGUGUGUCCGCCGUCAUGGAGUCGGUGAAGAGCAGCCGCGGUCCUCGCUCACUGCUGUGCUGUGUGUUUGUGUUGUGUGUACAGCUGAGGUUGGCUCUGACGGGAGACUGCCCCGCAGACGGACGCACUUGGGUGCCGUUUGAUGGCAGAUGUUACCACUUCGUCCAUGGAGAAGAAGACAGCAUCAAAAGCUACACUUUUGAGAGAGCAAAAACCCUCUGCCAAGGAUUUGAGCUUUUGACCAUCCAGAGCGCUGACGAGAACGACCUCGUUAUUAAAUAUAGUCCAAAGGUGUGGAAAGGGAAGGUCAACGUAUGGCUGGGAAUGUAUUAUGACACAGACAGUGAAGAAAUGAAGUGGUUUGAAGAUGAACCUGUGCGAUUCACUAACUGGGAGUCCAGCUCGUCUCCAUCAGACCUCGUGCCCUUGGAUACAUGUGUGGCUCUGCACACCAACACAGGAAAGUGGGAGAACGUCAGCUGCCUGGACGAAGUGGAGAACGGAGUGAUCUGUGAGACAAAUCAGAAGGCAGAGGAAGCCAAGAAAAAGCCCAGUGCACUGCUGUCCACCCUGGUCGUUCUCAGCGUGGUAGCCAUCAUGGGAGUCUCAGCAGUUAUUUGGUUCCUGCACCAGAAGCACAAUGUUGGCUCCACUAUGCUCACGGCAUUCGAGUACCACCCUCCGUUCCGAGUCCUGGAAACAGACCAGUCCUGCCUGGUGGAGUCUGAGGAGACUGACAGUGUGCCAUAGGAGAACUUUCUCUCUCUUCCACAAUUGGAAGCAAUCAGACCCUCCUCAUUGGGUCUUCAUGCAAAAAGAAGUCCGCUCUAAACAAAACAGUUACAGAAGUAGUUUUGGGUUAACAAUGUCAUGACUCUGAAUAAUAUAGUACGAUUGUAAGACAACUCGACUCCAGGCUUACUCUAAUACUAACUUCUCACUGUGACACAUAAACAUCUCACUACUUUUACUUUUGUCAUCUAUUCUGUACUAACAAAGAAUCACCUGUAAUUUUUGUUCAGAUUGGUGCAUUUUUAUCUGCAACUGUGGCCUGGUGAACAUGUCAUCUGUGAUUUGAUCAUCAUUGAACAUCAGGUCAUUAUGAGGCACCACACAUUUCUUGGGGAUCAUUAUUUUUCUCUUGCAUACUAAAAGUAACUUAAUGUUGCUCACUCAAAGAAGGUGGAGAAAGAAUACUUUUUGUGAGCAGACAGAAAUUGACGGUUACACGGCGACUUUAUUAUUGCAUUAAACUUUGGGACUAACAAGAGGGACAUUGGAAAAAGAAUGAUCAAUUGGUGCUGAGAAAUCCUGAGUUUUAGUCUAUAUAUUUAUCGUGCUCCAAAUAGGCAGGAUUCUACAUUUCACAUAAUAUAUCCGAUUAAUCAUAGUCCACAACCCCCCUACGAACAUCAUCAGUGGUUAUUUUCUCAGACUUUAAAGGUCCAGUGUGUGGGAUUUAGUGGCAUCUGGCGGUGCAGUUGCAGAUCGCAACUCCCUUGCUUCACCCUCCCCUCCCAAGCACAAAGGAGAAACUAUGGUAGCUGUGAAAUGCGCAAAAAGCACAAAAACGCCUAUCUAGAGCCCGAGUUUGGUUUCUUCCUUCUGGGCCACUGUAGAAACAUGGCGGUUCAAUGUGGUGGCCUCCACGGAAGGCAACCCAACGGCGUGUGUAGAUAUCAGCGGCUCAUUCUGAGGUAACAAAAACAUAGCAAUUCCUAUAUGCAGUUGAUCAUAA